CUACAAUCUACACAUUGAAACAUACAAGUACGACACUUCCAUCUUCAUCGUAAACAAACCUCAAAGUUGCAUUCCACCAUGUCUAAACAACCCAUUGAUCCCUUUCGCCACAUCAACAUAGUUCUCAACCCUAACGGAACCCUAAAUCGCUUGCGCCAUAUUCCCAGCACCGCACCCUCUUCCGACCCCACUCUCCCAGUUCUCACCAAAGACAUCACCAUCAACCAACAAAACAACACAUGGCUCCGCUUAUUCCUCCCCCGAAUAGCACUAUCCCCAAACCCUAAGAAGCUACCUCUCAUCGUUUUCUUCCACGGCAGCGGCUUCAUCGUAACCAGCGCCGCCUCCACUAUGUUCCACGACUUCUGCGCCGCCAUGUCCGCCGCCGUCCCCGCCGUCGUGGCCUCUGUCGAAUACCGCCUCGCGCCGGAGCACCGUCUCCCGGCGGCGUACGACGACGCGGCGGAAGCCUUGGAGUUUAUCCGAGACAGCAGCGAGGAAGAAGAAUGGUUGACCAAACACGCCGACAUGUCUAAUUGCUAUCUCAUGGGGAGCAGUGCGGGGGCCACAAUCGCCUACUUCGCGGGUCUACGCGCGACCGACACGGCGAGCGAUCUCUCGCCGUUGAAGAUCAGAGGGCUGAUAUUGCGGCAGGUGUUUUUCGGUGGGACCCAGAGGAGCAAAUCCGAGGUUAGGCUGGAGAACGACGAGGUUCUUCCGCUGUGUGUGACGGAUUUGUUGUGGGAGCUGGCGCUGCCGGUUGGCGUUGACCGUGAUCACGAGUAUUGCAAUCCGAGGGCUGAGAAGUGGGUUGGGAAAAUGGGGAAGAUGAGGGAGCUAGGGUGGAGGGUGUUGGUGAGUGGGAAUGGAGGGGACCCUGUGAUUGAUCGUGAGAAGGACUUGGUGUUGUUGUUGGAGGAGAAGGGUGUGGUUGUGGUGAGUGAUUUUGAUGAAGAAGGGUGCCAUGGGGUGGAGUUUGGUGAUGAAUCCAAAGCAAACCAACUCAUUCAGGUAGUCAAACGUUUUGUUUCAUGAAUCCAAGGAUAGUACAAGCUCAUGAUUUUUCUCUUUUCUUUUUGAGAUCAUCCUAGUAUGAACCUUAUGUUAGUUCUUGUCUUGUGCUUACCUUUCCUCUUCAUAUAUGGUUGAUAGAGUUAUUAUCUUAGGGAAAUGCUACUAGUACUUUUCUUUCCAGGCAUCUAAGAAAUUGCAGAAAUUGUCUGAAAAGUGAGUCAUGUAAUGGAAAAGUGAUCAAACUAAUAAAUUAAAUUUAUAGGAAAUCAAUUUAGCAACA